GUUUGUGUGUGUAAAACCGUAAUCCGAGGAGAGUCGUCACAUCACAUCGCAACGCCUUCUGCCCUUAGCCCUUGGCAGACACAUCUCAUCUCUGGCCGUGGGCAAGGUCAGGCCCCAAAUAGGAGUAUAAUUACGAAGGUCAAAAACAGAAACAGAAACCUCCGGACAGACCCCAUUCCAUCCCAAGAAGGUGAUCCCGUGACAAGGCGAGAACCAAGGAACAGGCGCCUCAACUACUGCUGCUGCAUGCGGCACUCGAGUCGGACAGUCGACAGUGAAGUUAUACAUCUCGAAGGAGAAGCCACUGCUGAUCAACAGGUGUGCCAUCCAGUGAAGCUCUCCAGCUCGCUGCCUGCCACACCGCAGCUGGGACAGCGGGCAGUGCGCGGACGGGGCUACAAGAAGCUGUCAUGGAAUGAGGAGCUGCCCCGCCAACAGGGGACAUCGACAAUGAUCACUCAUGGCCAGGAGUCCAGGGCCAGGCCACAGCUCUCCUAUAAGCACCUCAACAACAACAACAACGAGGAGGAGGAGGAGGAGCAGUACGAUCCCAUAGCCAAGUAUUUUGCCCAAACGUCGAACCAGCGGCAGCGGCAGCAACAGCUGCAAGAGCCAAAGCUGUUGCCGGCGAAAAGCUCACGGAUUUUGUGCGAGAAUUGCUGCGGAGAGAGGCAUCAACAAGUUGGCAGCGCCACGGAUCGCCUGCCGCUGCCUCAGCCUCAGGGGUUGCCGCUGGGAGACAGCGAUUCAGUGUCCGAUUUGUCGUCGUUCCGCUUUGUCUUCCACGGGGAGGAGGUCGAUGCCAAAAGGCGCGUAUUAGUCGAUGUCGAUGCUCAUAAUUGUAACCAAGGCGAUGAUGAUGAUAAUUAUGAUGAUGUUGAUGCCGUUGACGAUGACGAUGACGUUGCGCGUCGGCCGGUUAUAGAAAUAGAAAAUCGGGAGCCAAAUACAUCAGCCACAAAAGCGGAAAAGUCAGCAGCAACAACAGCAGCAGCGGAAGACGCGUCAUCGCCAGUGUUGUCGUCCCUGUCAUCCGAAAUCAGCGACGAGUCAGCGGCAAUUUGUUGUUAUACAAUUGACAAAAAACUGUCACAGCAGCGGCCACAGCCACAGCAGCAUCCGCAUCUUCGGGCCCAUCCGGACCUGCAGCACUACCAGUCCUCGGCGACGGUUAGCUAUCGGAACUAUCAGCAGGCAAAGUGUCCUCCGCCCGUGCCGCCCAAGCCUCGCGUCUGCAGCAGCAGCGAUGAGCCCGCUCUGAAGACCCGCCGCCUGGUCUGUCCGCAUCCGCGCAUCUAUCCGGCGCCGCAUGGCAGCUGCUGCGUCCGCAAGGGCUGUCCGCCGUACUCCUUCGAGGGGAACAACAACAACAACAACUACAACUGCAAGUUCGGAUCGAGUGGGGGACCACCGCGGUCGCUCGUCUACGACCGCCAUGGACGGCUGACCUUCGACUCGGAACCGGAAGUGAGAGUGGAAACCGAGCAUAGCCGCCGGGCCAACAACAACAACAACAGCAACAACAGCUGUGUGCGUCACAAGUCGCUGAGUGAAUCUCGAUUGCCGGUGACCCAACAGCAGUACAGAGAACUGAAAGUAGUGUCCGAUCCGUAUCCCGAUCCGUAUCCCUCGCGAGUGGCAACAGAACAGGGCUUGCAUAACCGAGGAUGCAGUGGUGCCAGAACAACGCCUCCAGUGAAUCCCAUCCCGAACCACAGUCCAAACGAAAACCCAUACAAGUCGAAUAAUCUACUCCUUCCCUGCAGCUGCAAUCCCCAUCUAUGCUCUUCAUUCAACAAGGAGAACGGGCACACAAUGGAGAAACGACGUAAUACCCUGGACCGGAUACAGCGCCUGGGAUUCGGGCGCAAAUCCUCGCCAGCUGCCACCGCCGCCGGCUCAUCCACCGCAUCCUCCUCCUCCGCCUUAGCGGCAGCAGCAGCAGGGCCGGAGAAGCAGCGCAAAACUUCAGAGCGGUCGGAGCGCCUCAAGGAACUGACGGAGCUGCUGAGAGGCAACGGGGGAAGCAGCUCCAGAGCCUCCUCCACGCCCACGCCACCGCCACCGCCGCCGGCACCGCCAGUGCCGCCACCGCGAAAGCCGCGUGGCGCCUGCUUGGAGCGCCAGGACACGGACACGGCCGCCAGUCAGACAUCCGAGAGCAGCAACGACGCCACCGCAAGGGGCAGCAGCCACAGCGGGGGAGGCCUCAGCACAGCCGCCCGCCUCUUUGCCUCACUCAGACCCAACACGAGUCUCUCCAACCUGGAGGCCUUCAUGUUGAGCAACCGUGAGAAGUCCAAGUCCCCGCCUCCAUCGACGCAGCAGCAGCAGCGACAGCAGCAGCAGCAGCGACCUGUGGAGAGAUGCCUAGAUGCCUCAACACGAAGCAGUAGCGAGAGUACGCCGCAAGCAUCGAGACCGGAGUCGCGGACCGUGAUCGGUUCGUAUGCGCCAAAGGGAAUUCCGUUUCGCUCCGUUUCGUUCUCGCAAAUCGACUGCAAGUCGACGCUCAGCGCCCUGAGGGAUCGCCUGAGGCGCGACAAGGCCAUCGAAGAGCCCAGCCCCAGUCCCACGUAUUUCAGGGAGAGAGAGGAGUCGGUCUCGUCUCCGGCAGCCGUCGCGGGUCCGGGUUGGGUGCACAUUCCCCUGAAGAAGACAGAGCUGUGCAUCAACCUGAACUACGGGCAGGAGAAGUCGCUGGACCACGACUCCAUCCAGGAGGAGGACAUUUUCUGCACAGAGGCGGUCUCUGGCAGCAGCUCGGGGAUCCUGUUCCCGGCACCGGCCACCGCCAGCAGCGUGAUAGCCGCCCAUGCCACCAUGGAGUCCCUGACGGACACUAUUCAGUCGGAGAGCGACUGCCUCAUCAGGGAGGAGAUCGUGCUGCCCAUCAUUGUCCAGCCCCUGGAGGUAACUCCUCCCGCCUCCGCCGGGGGCAGUGCCCCCAAUCUGGCCACGCUGAUGGAGGAGCAGCUGCCCCUGGAGUCUCCGCCAGACAACUUCCUGCAGACGGCCACCACCUGUGAGAUCCCCGUGCCCGUGUACGAGUGCGCCGCGCAGGAGUGGCUGGAGACGCCCGCCCAGGAGUGGGUGGAGGUGGUCCCGGAGACCAUCCAGCCGCCCAUCUCCCACGCCGCCUGCAAGGUGUCCCAGACAGAGUCCACGCUCACCACCGCCGUGAGGAGCGACCUGGUUCCCACCAUAUCGGUGAGCCGCUCCUCCGAGGAGGGCGAUGGAGUGGCCAGGAUAGACGACGCCCCGCAAGUAGAGCUGGCGACGACCGCCAGGAAUCCCUCGCCGGAGCAGCCGCACCAUUGCAAGCAGUACAGCCAAGACGACCUGGAGCUGUCCAGCCCCGAGCUCCGCAGCUCCCUGGAGACGGUGGCCACGCCCCGGCACAGCACGGACGAGCGCCAGAGGCGGCACUUGGACAACUCCACCAAGCGGAAGGGCAUGUACAUCGACAACGCCGACUGGCAGGCACCGCCGGAGGCAGUCAUCCGCCAUCGCGGACUGGCACUGGACAUCAGUGUGACGAACCUGAAUGCCAUCAAGCCCGAGUCGCCGGACGCACACUCCCACUCCUCGCAGAUGAACAUCAGCAGUCCCAUUAGCUGCUAUUCCUUUGAACUGAACACGCCCGAGCUGGAGAAGAACGCCCCGUCCUGGGGCAGCGGGGCGCGCGACAAGUCGCAAUUGCUAAGCAACUUUAGCUGCCACAGCAGCGAGGAGAAGGACGACGUGUCCAGCAAGAGUCUCAGCUUCCUGCGCACCGACUCCACCUCCGACAACGAGUGCGAUCGCAUCGCCAGGGACCGCGUCACCUCCAGUCCCACUCCCUCCACCGGCGACUACGACUACAAGCGAUUCUCGAAGCGCCCCCUGCGCGGACCCUACGGCCAGAUGCUCGAGGCGGAGAUGAAGAAGCCCAACCGGAUGCACUUCGAGGAGAUCCUAGAGGAGCUGCGGGAAACAGACAGCUUGCAUCUGCGAGGCGCUGCUGGUGCCUCGAGCCCCGUUGGGGCUUCAAGUGGUGCCCCCCGCCCCAACAUGCCGCAGUAUUCCAACUCGAUGCGUGUGCGAAAGACGAGCACGUACCUGCCCGUGCCCUCGCAUGCCCGGGCCGCCUCCACUCCCUCGCAGCUGGAGCACACCAGCAAGAACGCUAUGGCCUGCGCUGCCCCAAUCUCCGCAUCCGCCAAGAACCUGGGGGAGGCAGAGCUGGUGCACCACAUGAAGCGAGCCGCCUCCGAGGCGCCGGCCCCCAAGACGCACCACAGCAAGCGUAGCCAGUCCAUGAGUACGGAGCGGCCCAGCCAGCACCACCACGGUCACGCCCACGGUCACAGUCACGGUCACAGUCACGGACACAGUCAUGCUGCCAAAAGGAGCCUGGAUGCCAAUGCCAAUGGCAGUGCCAGUGCCAGUUCCAGUCCCAAAACGAAGACUUCUCCAACGCUGGACUUGAAGCCCACACCCGCUCUACUAGCGGAGCUUUUGAAGGGUUCCAGCGAGAAUAUGCUCUCGGAGCAGCGCCAGAAAACAAUUGCGGACACUCGCACGUAUGUUGUCCAAGAGAUCUACCGCAACGAGCAGUCCUAUGUGGAGUCGCUGCAGACUGUUGUUCUCAAAUAUCUGAAGGUGCUGAAGGCACCCGAACACGCGGGCAUGAUUGACACCCGCACCGUGGACGAGAUCUUUUUCAUGGUCCCGGACAUCCUCGAGAUACACGAACGGUUCUUGGGAGAUCUAAAGCAUCGCCUGGAUGACUGGGAUGUCCAGCAGAAAGUGGGCGAUGCCUUCAUGGAUACGUUCUCGAAGCUGGAGGUCCUUGAGGUCUACACAUCCUUUGUGAACAACUGCAAUCGGGCCAAGAACGCCAUACGCUCAAUGAAGCACCAGCGACCGUCGUUUGCCAAGUUCCUGGAGUCCACCUCCCGCGAGCACAAGGGAAAACUCACCCUCGACAACCUGCUGAUCAAACCGGUUCAAAAGUUUCCCAAUUACGAGCUUCUGUUUCAGCGACUGAUCAAGCACACGGAUCACGAUCAUCCCGAUCAGAAGCACCUGCAGGACGUGCUAAAGCUGGUCCACGACAUUCUGGUGCACAUCAACUGCAAGGAGCGCGAGAUCAUGGAGAACGGGCAGCGGGAGGCGACACUGCGCGAGCUGGAGGGCGUGAUCGAAGGCAUUACCGAUCUGACAGCGCCAGAGCGGCAGUUCCUUCUGUUCGAUCUCGUGUCGAUGCCCUCCGGUGCGGGGGCACGCAAGGACCGGGGCUUCUUCCUGUUCAACGACCUGCUCGUGCUCACCAGCAUCAAGAAACGAAGCGGCACCAUCCGCAAGCCCAGCAACAGCAUCUGCCCGGGCACCGUGGCCACCACGCUGGAGACCAACAAGUACAAGUGUCUCACCAAGAUCUCGCUGGACUGUCUGGAGAUUGUCAAGCCCAAGGACGAAAACAUCAAGCGCAUCGUCAGCGAAAUCGAGAGCCUGGCCGACGACUGCGGCAAGCUGCAGCAGAUCAGCGACAUCACCGCCUCCCUAAAGUACCCGCACCAGUAUCUCGAGGACGUCAUCCGCGAACUGCAUCGCGACGUCCAGCGGCAGCUCUCCGAGCGCCAGUCGAACGACACCCAGCUUAAUAUGCUGGAGCUGACAGUCAGUUCACCCAAUGGCAACCAGAAGCUGACGGUGGUCUUCAGCAAGACGGAGAAGCGUACGGCCUGGGAGGAGACCUUCAACGAGGCCAAGCAGAAGCUGGCUGCCACUUUGGAGCGCCAUCCCAUACCCGAGUUUCUUACCUCCAUACCCAUACGAAAGACCCGCGCCGGCCUGCAGUUCACCUGCGCGGCGGCCACGCUCAGCGAGAACCGGGACGUGUGGGUGUGCAACAGCGACGGGUAUGUGGGCCAGGUGUGCAUCAUGUCGCUCCACCCAGAGCCGAAUGUCACCAGCUGCAACGGUGUCUGCAAUGCUCGCAUCCUGUGCGUGGCAUCUGUGCCGGCGUACAGCUCUUCGGCCUCGAGUCGCAACAGCAGUGGGGAGCAGACCGGUGGAGGUAGCCAGGAGGAGAAGGAGAAGCCGCGGAACAGCUCCCAGCAGCCGCAGGCCACUCCGAGCUACACACAGCAGCUGCACGACUUCCGCAAGAGCAUCUCCCCCAGCUUCCAGACCGGCUCCUCCUCGGCCACGGCCACGCCCGAAAAGAAAAAGACACCCACGCCGGUGGCGGCUGGCGACGGUGUCGCGGUGGCCGCCAGCAACAGUGAUACUCAGCUGGAGCUGAAUCUGAGCUCCAGCGACGAUGAGACGGAAGCCGCCGCUGCCUCCGCCUCUGCCUCGCUGAACGUUGCCAGCGGCAGCACAGGAUCAGCUGGAUCUGGAUCUGCGGGUCUAGUGGAGCGUGUGCCUAGUCCCGCCCCCUCACUGCAUGCCGGAUAUCAUGGCCAUCAGGACUCGAAUCCCGAGGAGGGCGAGAGCAAUCAAUCAACCAUGUGGAUUGGCACCGAGGAUGGCUGCAUCCAUGUCUACAAUAGCACUGACAAUAUUCGCAUUAAGAAGAACCGCAUCAAGAUCGAGCACCACUCGGCCGUCUAUUCCAUUUUGUACCUUGACAAUCGUGUGUUUGUGUCGCUGGCAAAUGGUGAUAUCUGCGUUUACCUGAGAGAUGGUGCCACCUCCUGGAAUACGUGCUCAUCGCAUUGCCUGUCCAUUGGCACCGUCACCAGUCCCGUGACCAAGUUGCUGAAUGUCAACGGCAGGCUUUGGUGCUCCAUUCAGGGCAUCAUCAAGGUCCUGGAUGUGGAGACUCUAACGGUCAUUCAUCAGAUACAGAUAUCGUCGGAUUCAAAGCCGAUCACAAACAUGACAGUCGCCAGCAACUUUGUGUGGAUAUCCAUCCAGAACUCGGCACACAUUAAAUGUUUCCAUUCCAAUACCCACCAGCUAGUCACCGAAGUGAAUCUCGCGCCCGCCGUGAACAAGAUGCUCUCCAACUGCGACGAGAUCAUUAGGCAGCACAAGGCCGCCUGCCUGCGGGUGACUUCGCUGCUGUGCUGCAAGGAUCUCAUCUGGAUUGGCACCAGUGCGGGCGUCCUUCUGACCAUACCGGCCCUGGGCUACGAGAAGGGCGCCGUGAACAUUGUGCCCACAGGCAUUCCCCACGGCCACACCGGCCAUGUGCGAUUCCUCACAUUUGUGGAGACCACCGGUCUGGAGGGGACGACAGGAGCCGCCCGGGAGGCGAGCGGAGGUUCCACCAGCGAUGAGUACUCCAAGCAGGGCUCCAUAAAGCACUCCAAAUCCAAGUCGGAGACCAACAACACGCUGAUCAUUUCCGGUGGCGAUGGCUACGAGGACUUCCGCAACUCGGGCGCCAACUCGCUCAGCGAGAUCGCCGGCCGCGAGGACAGCACCAACCAUUUAUUGAUAUGGCAAAUUUGAAGCAGAAGGCGUAAAAAUCGCUGGAGGCUUUUGCUUUCGCGCUGGAAAAACAAUAACUGAGAUCAGGGAUCAGAGAUCAGUAGUGCCAGAUCAGUGCGUAGAGCGGAGUACAUACUGCAGCGGUUUUUAUGACUACGAUGAGAUUUACAGAGAGAGAGAUAGAGAGAGAGAUCGAUCUACAGCAGCUCCUAAGCUGGAAAUUAGUAGGUUUGGGAUUAGGGGACGGGACUGAUUGAUGCUCGAGAACCUAUCUAAAAAUUGUGUAUAUUUGAAACUGAAUGACUAAUUACGUUCAGCCUCUAAUCAAUCAUCAGAGAUUAUGUAUUAUGUAUAAACUAUUAACUAUAAACUAUGACCCCAGAAACCACCCCAAGCCCCAACCCCUUGACUAUCCUAGCCACUGGAUUAGUGCCAAAACUACAUAUAAUAUAGCCGACUCUCGCCACUUUCAAUGUACAUACAUACUGCAGAUCGCACAGAGCAGGGGGCAAGCAGAACAGAUCAAGAAGGGUAUGGAUACGAUAGAUAUUUUUGUAUUUGCUAAUAUUGUAUGUAUCUGUAGAUCCUAUUCAAGAGUUAAGCGUUCGUUCUAAGUUUGUUUGAAUUGAAUACAGGGGUCGUAACGUAAUGUGUAAAGUAAAACCUAUUAUACCUAUGCAAACCUAUAUUUAAUGCAAUAAAUAACCUACCCGUA